AUGAAUGGGUUCAGAACCCAGUGGCUCAUACAGCUUUCGAUGAUAUCCUCCCGUGUAGACAAUUCAACAGCUCAAGAAACACUCAACAAAACCAAAGAGACAACCUUCCAAUUGGUCGGAAUUGUUAACCAGUUUAUAAACAAUUUGGCCAACCUCAACAAUGUUCCACCAAAUGCAGGCCCUAUUUACUACAAUCAGUCUGGUCCUUGGGUGCCUGUCCUGUGUAAUCCAUUUCAUCCCAAUAACACCCACAGGAACUGUGUUCAUGGUGAAGUGGAAUUUACCAAUUCAACAGAAGAAUGGAGGAAGUAUGUGUGCCAGGUUUCAGCAACUAAUAUAUGCAUCACAGUGGGGCGUCUGACCCCAGUUUACUAUGAUCAAUUGAUAUCGACUGUGAAUGUGAGCUAUGCAUUGUAUCAUUAUGGACCCUUCCUGGUUGAGUUAGAAGAAUGCAGUUUUGUUAGACAAACACUGAAAGAAAUCAGUAAAAAUGAUUGUCCAGGGCUUAAACACCAUAGCAGAAGGAUUGUUGUGUGGUUGGCUAUGGCUUCUGCUGCACUCAUGAUUUCUUCCACCUUCUGGGUUCACCAUUCAGCACAGAAGCGAAAACAAAGUUAUAAUGGACAAUAUGCAUCUACAAUCUCCGAGUCUGCUCAAGAUCGUCCAGUAGGAGUCAGGAACAUGGAGUGA